CAAAAACAGUGUUGGUAAGAUAAACUAUAUAAAAGAUACAUCACACUGCAGUACAUUUUUAUUUCCUUAAACCACUCUGAAUCAAAACCCGGACGCUUAAACACAGAAAAGGCUCAUAUUUCUUUUUAAACAAUGUUCUUGGUUUCUAGAACAGUGACUCUGGCUUAUUUUUAAAAAUAAUCUGACAUGUCUACUACAAUUCUUGGAUUUCAACAUAUCUUCUUAUUCCCGUUAAACAUUGAAGUUUAAUAACUAUCAUGUAGCAUUUUUUUCUAAACAUCAACAAACAAAUUACAGAUCUUAAUGUUUUUAAUACUAUUGCUUCUGAUUAUUACAAGCAGGUACAUGCACAUGUUUAUAAAUCAAGAAAACAACACCUGAUCUUUCAUUGCUAUUUUUCCUCUGGGUUAUCAAGACCUAUUUACUUAAACAUCAAGAUCCAAAGUGUAAUUAAAUCAAUAUGUUCUUAUUGUGAUGAUUACUGUCAUAUAGUGUAGAUGAGAAUCAGCAGAGAGAAAGUAACACUGCAAGUCGCAUACAUAAAUGUAUCUAAAUAUAAAUCUAAAUAAAUAAAACUCGCUCUUGUCUUUUGUCCUCCAGCCCCCAUGUCAGACUUCUGGAGUAAACGCCCACUUCAGUGAACAGACCGGCUAAUGCUCAUCGAGUUGUUGCAUUCUCAGUUUCUUUGUUCUUCAAAUCGCACCAUCCUUGGACAUUUAUUACACUGAUCUUUCGAUCCUACGAAUCCCACCACCAGAUGGGGAAUAACUCUCUCUUAUUCGGCCUGAUUCUCGGUGUCUCACUUCCCUUGUUCACAGGCCAGGAAACCAUCAUAGCUGAGUCUGAACAGAACAUCACUCUGACAUGUCAAGCUAUAAACAGCAACAACAUCACAGUGGUGGAGUGGAGAAGAGUUGACCUGGGAGAUGAAUAUGUCCUAAUGUACCGGGAUGAGCAGUUUGAUCCAGAAGAGCAGCAUCCAUCUUUUAAGAACCGGGUGGAUCUGCAGGACAGACAGAUGAAGGAUGGAGACGUGUCUCUGAUUCUGAAGAAUGUGACGAUUAAUGAUGCUGGAACAUACGAGUGUCGUGUUGCCCAGAGACAAACAAGGGAAGAAACAGCCAAUUUGAAGCUCCUCUGCAGCAUCUCCCUGAGUGUUGUUGAUCCUCCAGCUGAUCUGAGACUCCUGCUGUUACAGAGGUGA